CCCACCCCCGCACUUCCGCUCCCAGCAGCGCUUCCGGCCCUGCCCCAUAGCAACCGUUGCGAGGAGGAAGUCUCGGUCUCACGCGGGUGACUCCUCCUGCGUCUCCCUGGCCAUGGCAGAAGUAGAGGAAACACUAAAGAGGAUUCAGGCACACAAAGGGGUUAUUGGAACUAUUGUUGUAAAUGCAGAAGGAAUUCCAAUCAGAACAACCCUAGAUAACUCUACAACAGUACAAUAUGCAGGUCUUCUUCAUCAGCUCACAAUGAAAGCGAGGAGCACAGUGAGAGAUAUAGAUCCUCAGAAUGAUCUAACCUUUCUUCGGAUCAGAUCAAAGAAACACGAAAUCAUGGUAGCCCCAGAUAAGGAGUAUCUUCUAAUUGUUAUUCAGAACCCAUGUGAAUAGACUUGCCGCAACAAUAUUUUUAGAGACACCAAUGCAGCUGUACUUUUUAAAGUAAUAAUCCUUUGAUUAUUUUCAAACAUACCCCAUUGAGUUCUUACAUAAUAUAUGUAACUUGUCAUUGCUGGAACUUUUCCAAGCUUAUAUUCUCAGUUGUAGCUGUACUUUAACUUAUGCUUGAGCAAAACAAACAUUGUAUGUGUAGAUAAAUACUCAGAAGAGCAACAUGUUGAAAACCUUUUGUUAAUGGAUUUUCUGGCUAAUUCUUGUAACUAAAGAAUUCUCUUUACAUCACGAGUUUAGGGGUUUUUUUUGUUUUUUUUUAAAGCAGGAAUCACAUUUCAUGGAAAUUAGUAACUUGUGUAUGUACUUGUAACUGUACCCAUAUAAACUCAAGAAUACAGGAUUAAAUAGGCUACUCAUCUCAGUUCCAUUGGGGUAAAGAGGACUGUGUUCUGUCUCUGUAACUUCUGCAUUUUGGACAUUCUAAAGAAAUAAUUUUACUUCCACCUUAAGUACCCUUCAGUUUCUAAUGAACAAUUUAAUCACAACAGCUUCAGUUAAAUAUUUAAAGCUAAUGCUGAAGAAAGGUCCAGAUGAAGAGAAUGGCCCUUCCACCUUGAAUUAAUGCAAAAUUGUUAUUAAUUUGUGGUUACUGGCAAUUCUAGAUAGUGCCUCUAAGUAAACUCAUCAGAACUCUUGAUAAAACACUCAAAUGUGACCACCUUCAGAUCCAGCAUGCACUGAAUACAGUGAGCUAUUUCUUCCAGCAUAUUUUGCAACACUGCCACAGAUCUUGCAGUUCUCUCCAAAAUUGGAAACCUGUUCAGACCAUUGUUUUAAAUCAGACAGUUAAAGUGUAUGUAGAUUUUCACGUUACUAAUGAUUCUUUAAAAUUAAAGGUGAAACUUUUUCAGCA